AUGGGCAUAUCCAGAGAACGCAUCAAGGAGAGAACAAAUAGUUAUAAACAGAUCCAGAAUAGGCCAUUCCCAUAUCACGCACUCAUAUCUGAUAACCAAGGAAACCCCCCCCCCUUGUGUGACACAUGUAAAACUCCCCUUACAAUGGCACACAUCAUUAUUGUCUGCCCCAAAUUCUCAACCGCACGUUUCCUGCUCAACAAUCCAAGGUCAAUUGAAGAAGCCCUCAGUCAACAGAACUCCGACAACAUUUUCAAAUUUUUUAAAAAAAUAGAACUUGACAAAAAACUGUAA